GGGGUGACACUGAUCUUUCCAGUGUGUGACGCAGACCCUGAAAGGAGGUCUCAACAGCCACAAAUAGAGCAGGAAUCCCAGACCGCCAUGGGGAUCUUGUCUGUAAUGUUUACAAUGAACUGUCCUUUGUAUUUCUGAGAGAGACAAGGGAAAAUUGCGAUAGAUUUGAAAAGCAGCAUAUUCCCAGGAGAAGAGCGGAUACAGAUGAUUUGUACUUAUGAGAAGAGAUGUGGCGGAUUCCGUUCAAGAUUGGGCAGCCCAAGAAACAGAUUGUACCCAAGACGGUGGAGAGAGACUUCGAAAGGGAAUAUGGGAAACUUCAGCAGCUGGAAGAUCAGACCAAGAAACUGCAGAAGGACAUGAAGAAGAGCACAGAUGCAGAUGUGGCCAUGUCAAAAUCAGCUGUGAAAAUCUCUUCAGACCUGUUGUCCAACCCACUCUGCGAGCAAGACCCCAAUUUCCUGGCGAUGGUAACAGCCCUGGACACUGCCAUGAAGAGAAUGGACUCUUUCAACCAAGAGAAGGUGAACCAAAUCCAAAAGACGGUGAUAGAGCCCUUGAAAAAGUUCAGCAGCGUGUUCCCCAGCCUGAACAUGGCAGUGAAGAGACGUGAGCAGACUCUGCAAGACUACAAGCGGCUGCAGUCCAAGGUGGAAAAAUACGAAGAGAAGGAGAAGACCGGCCCCAUCCUGGCCAAGCUACACCAGGCCCGUGAGGAGCUGAGGCCGGUGAAGGAGGACUUUGAAGCCAAAAACAAGCAGCUUCUGGAGGAGAUGCCCAAGUUCUACAGCAGCCGCAUCGACUACUUCGAGCCCAGCUUUGAAUCAUUGAUCCGAGCUCAGGUUGUGUACUACACCGAAAUGCACAAGAUCUUUGGCGACCUGACAGAGCAGAUUGAUGAGCCAGGCCUCACCGAUGAGCAGAGGGAGAAAGAGAAUGAAGCCAAGCUGAGUGAGCUGCGGGCCCUGUCCAUUGUGGCUGAUGACUGACUGCCCUUGUCACACACAGGAUGGAGACUGACUUUAGGUUUGAACUCCAAGACAAGGUACAAUGCAACUUUUGAUGAUGGGGAAAGAGUAAUACCCUGCACUGCACAAGAGCAAGAGAAGGGGAAACCAUUUCUGGCUACCUCAUGCAAUGGGCCUGCUGGUCUUCAGCCAAGGCCAGGCGCUCUCCCAUGGACUUUUUAGAUUUCUAAGCAACAACACUAAUAAAGAUGCCUUGUUUUAACUGCAAACAACAAUGUACACAUGGUUUUUCCUGGAGCACACAACUAUUUAUUGAGAAUUUAAAAAAAAAAAAUUAUACAAAGUCAUCUCAUCUCAGUGGGAAAACAAGAGACAAAAAUAGCCACAGACAAACAAGUGAAGAAAAAGAAGAGAGUUUUUAAACCUUUCCCAUUAAAUACAAGUUGUUACCACAUUUAUUGUCUAAAGCACCACAUCAAAACUAAGUGCAGAUGGCAGACCUUCAUUUUAAGACCCUUGUGUGUUUAUUGUAAAAAGGGGGAGGCAUGGGCAGUGAUGCUCAGUUUUUUUUGACAACCUUGGUUGUCGCAAAGCCAGUUCAUGGGCAUCAGCACUUGCACACACUAGGCUGU